GAGUCACAAGAACUGCAGAUACAGGCGCGCUCUCGUUUCUCGUCUCACGUAGAGAUACGAGUGUUUUGUGAGGACGUGCCUCGAACAAACUUAAAAGCUAAGGAAAAAAGUGUUGCUUUAUUUAUCGAAUAUUGUAAUCAUUUUAUACAAAUCGACAAAAUGUCAAACACGGGUAAUCUGGAGCAGCAGAUAGCAAACCUGCAGAUCGGCCACGGCAACGAGAUCAACACUGUCAAGCCAGUUAAGAAGAUUGGGCCUGCAGUGCCACCGAAACCGAAAAAGUCACAACCUCAGAUACCAUUAAGUUAUACCUUAAAGGUCUCUCCUAUGCCAUCAUAUAGUACAGUUCUCAAUAACACUACAAACACAUCAAACGAGAAGACUUCAUUAUACAUGAAUACUCCUCCGUAUAUUCCAUUGGACAUGAAGAAAGACUAUUCUCAAGGUACAUCUGCAAAUAGCAAGAAUGCAUCACAGAUUUAUCAUGAUGACACUUUGUGCCAGCGUCAACUGGAAGAAAAGUUCGAGACAAAGUAUAGAUAUGAUGAGAAGAGCUAUUAUUCAAACAUCGGGAGCUUACCAGCACCUCAAAUGCCCCCACCAGAUAAUUCUGCAAAUCGGGCAUGUAGAAACGCAGUAUAUAGCAAUAUAAACCCAGUAUUGGCACCUGUGGUAUCUCUACCAUCAGUCCCUUAUAAGAAUUUUCCAAAAGAAACUGAGAAAGACAUUAUAUAUAGCAACAUUCAGUGGAAUCCUAAAACAGAGAAUACUUAUUGUAAUGUUCCUGCGCAACACAGCAUUGACGAUCUACCACCACCACCGGAACCAUCGGAACCAUCAGAUUAUCUUUCCUGCAUGUCCGGCUCAUCGUUGCCGCCACCACCGGAUGAACUGCCUCCACCGCCGAGUCCAGUUUCAUCUAGUUAUAGCGAACUGAGACGUGCCACUUACCAGACCGAUUAUCCUGUGAAUAAUUAUCCUGAUAUUUAUGGACCGAGUUCGCAGUCAAGCUCGACGUACGAAUCCAUAUAUGAGCCGAUUAAUCCCCGACCUCCGUCGCAAUUAUCAUGCAACUACUCGAUGUACUCUGGUUACGACUCGGCCACAUCUACUCAGCCGCAAGGCAAAGUAUCUCCCGUUAAAGAGGUCGAUGUUCUCACGGAUCUUUUGGUUCAAGGAAUGGAAGACAACAGCGAGGAUAGCGACAUAUACGGAAUUUGCGCGCAAUGUGGACGUAAGGUUGAGGGUGAGGGCACCGGAUGUUCGGCUAUGGAUAAGGUCUUUCAUAUAAGUUGUUUCUGUUGCUUUGUGUGCAAAGUCAAUCUGCAGGGCAAACCUUUUUAUUCGUUGGAAGGCAAGCCUUACUGCGAAGAAGAUUAUCUCAACACGCUAGAGAAGUGUUGCGUUUGCACGCGUCCGAUUCUUGACAGAAUAUUGAGAGCCACCGGCAAACCGUAUCAUCCUUUGUGUUUCACUUGUGUCGUAUGCGGACAGAGCCUGGAUGGUAUACCGUUUACUGUAGACGCCACGAAUCAGAUACACUGCAUCCAAUGCUUUCACAAAAAAUUUGCUCCGCGUUGCUGCGUCUGCAAAUUGCCGAUAAUGCCCGAGCCUGGUCAAGACGAAACCGUGCGAGUAGUGGCGCUAGAUCGCAGCUUUCACAUUCAGUGCUAUAAAUGCGAAGAUUGCGGAUUGGUACUGUCUUCCGAUUCGGAGGGUGGCUGUUAUCCUCUGGACGACCAUGUUCUAUGCAAAAGUUGUAACGCUACUCGUUCAAGCUUUAACGUCUCACAUGACAACCGAAUUGUGAAUUAAUCGCGCAGAUGAUUACGCACCAACUUUUAACACUAAAAAGAGAAAUCAAGUGUGAUCGUUCUACGAUGAAUAAUUUGAUAUAUUAUAUCUUUUUAUAGGUUUUUUUAUGCAUUUUCAGAUUGUUAUUUGCAGUAUUUUAUACAUUCAAAUCGAUAUUUACUAUCUAUUAUGUUAAAACAUUUAUCUCUUACGAUAUAAUAAUUGAUAUGCAAUAUUAAUGAGAAUUGUACUCUGGAGUGUUUAUAAUUUGAUACAAGAGAAAAUAUUGUUAGUCUUUGUAUUUGAUCUAACAAUUAUUAAUAGAAGUGUAAUAGAGAUUUUGUUAUAUAUUGCCGUAAAUAUUGAUGCGCUGAAAUGUCACAAUAUAUAGACUGCCUAAUAUUGAAGCUCUGAAGUUCCAAUCAUACUGCCAUAAUCGAAGCAUUUCCAACAAGACAUAAAUUGAAGGUAAUGUAGAUUAAUGAUAUUAUUUUUCAAAGUACUUUUUUCAGCAAAUGUGAUUAUUAUUGUGAUUCUAGUAAAGCAUUUGAUCGUCAAGUGUUUAACGUUGUAGUCUCUGUUAACAAUAAUACCGCUUCGCUAUUUACAUAUGUAGACAUAGAUUGCAGAUUCAGGAAGUAGUAUUAUUAUUGAUAAUAUUAAUAUAAUGGUAGCACGCUAUAUUCUUCUUAAAGUAACUGUUAAGUUUGACAUUAGACUAUCUAUCUAUGUGUGUGUGUGUGUGUACACACACACACACACAUAUAGGGAGUAACUGCAACUAUCGUAUUUUUUUUUAACAACAGAUUUCCAAAGUCAUUUUAAGACAAAAAUCUUGAUACCAAAAUAACGAGGCUAAAGCUGCGUUUUGAUAAUCACUGCCACUGAAAAUGUUUAGCACAUGUAACUUGAAAUAUAGUUUUAAUACUGACAGUAAAUAUCGGAACGCAAUCUAUAAAAUAUAUAAAAUAUUUCUUGAGUUAUGAGCAUUUAAAGUUAACAAAUUAGAUCGUUUGAAAUUCGCGCGUUCAGAUGCGGUACAAUAAGUUUGUUUUAUUUCCUUGCACUGGCUGCAUUAGUUCACAGUUUAUCUUUUUGUAUCUAUAUUAGAAGGAAACAUAUAAAUGCCUCGGUGGCCUAACAGGGAAGGCGACGGCCCGGAAAGCCGGAGAUUCCAGGUUCGACUACUGGCUGAGGGGUUUUUAUCGCAAUAUUUUAAAAUUAGUUAGAAGGGUAUACGGGAUCCUUCGUAUAUACGUGAUGCAAAUCCAGCACCCUAUAUGGAGGAAAAAAAUUAUUUCGACGUAUAUAUGUGUAUACAUAUAUA